UCAAUGAGAAACUGGAAAUGUGCAGCCCUUUUUCGCAUAGACCACUGUAGCUUGCGUGUUUGUAGUGACGGAAAAGUUGGUAAAGAUAUUUUUAGAAAAGCUUAUAAACUCUUAAACGGUAGUUAGUAAAGUCUAUAACGUGUUGAUUGUGCUUGUAUCGGCGGGGGACGUUUUUUCAGAAACCUUGAACGACACUUAGAGGGGUCAACAUGGCCCAGUGGAAUCAGUUACAGCAGUUGGAGACGCGGUAUCUGGAGCAGCUGUAUCACCUGUACAGUGACAGCUUUCCCAUGGAGCUGCGGCAGUUCUUGGCCCCCUGGAUCGAGAGCCAGGACUGGGCGUAUGCAGCCAACAAGGAGUCUCACGCCACGCUUGUGUUUCAUAACCUGCUGGGGGAGAUCGAUCAGCAGUACAGCCGCUUCCUGCAGGAGAACAAUGUCCUGUACCAACACAACCUGCGGCGCAUCAAACAGCACCUGCAGAGCAAGUAUCUGGAGAAGCCCAUGGAGAUCGCCCGCAUCGUGGCCCGCUGCCUGUGGGAAGAGCAGCGUCUGCUGCAGACGGCCACCACUGCUCAGCAGGACGGCCAGGUUGCCCAUCCCACUGGCACAGUGGUGACCGAAAAACAGCAGAUACUGGAACACAAUCUGCAGGAUAUCAGGAAGAGAGUACAGGAUAUGGAGCAGAAGAUGAAGAUGUUGGAAAAUCUGCAAGAUGAUUUUGACUUCAACUACAAAACUCUUAAAAGUGCUGGAGGUAUGAUGAGUACAUGUACCAAAAUCUCUCUAAUAGCCUCGAUCACUGAUAAAAUCUCAACAAAUCUGUGUUACCUUUCAGAGUUGUCCCAGGACCUGAAUGGAAACAGCCAGGCAGCAGCCGCCAGGCAGAAGAUGACUCAGCUUGAGCAGAUGCUGAGUGCUCUGGAUCAGCUGAGGAGGCAAAUAGUGACUGAGAUGGCAGGGCUGUUGUCUGCCAUGGACUUUGUGCAGAAGAAUCUGACAGAUGAAGAACUGGCGGACUGGAAGAGGAGGCAGCAGAUCGCUUGCAUCGGAGGACCACCGAACAUCUGCCUGGACCGCUUAGAGACAUGGAUCACCUCUUUGGCUGAGUCUCAGUUGCAGAUAAGACAGCAGAUCAAGAAACUGGAGGAGCUUCAGCAGAAGGUCUCAUACAAAGGAGAUCCCAUUAUUCAACACCGCCCAGCUCUGGAGGAGAAGAUCGUAGACCUGUUCCGCAACCUUAUGAAGAGUGCAUUUGUUGUUGAGAGGCAGCCUUGUAUGCCCAUGCACCCUGACCGACCACUUGUCAUCAAAACAGGAGUUCAGUUCACCACCAAAGUCAGGUUACUUGUGAAAUUUCCAGAGUUAAACUACCAGCUGAAAAUCAAAGUGUGUAUUGACAAAGAGUCAGGUGACGUGGCAGCCAUUCGAGGUUCACGAAAGUUCAACAUCCUUGGCACCAACACGAAGGUGAUGAACAUGGAGGAAUCCAACAAUGGCAGCCUGUCAGCAGAGUUCAAACAUCUGACUCUUCGAGAGCAGAGAUGUGGCAAUGGAGGCCGAACCAACAGUGAUGCGUCUCUGAUAGUGACCGAAGAACUGCACCUGAUCACAUUUGAGACAGAAGUCUACCACCAAGGACUAAAGAUCGACCUUGAGACACAUUCUCUCCCAGUGGUGGUCAUCUCUAAUAUCUGUCAAAUGCCAAAUGCAUGGGCGUCCAUCCUGUGGUACAACAUGCUGACUAACCAUCCCAAGAAUGUGAAUUUCUUCACCAAACCUCCAGUAGGAACAUGGGAUCAGGUGGCUGAGGUGCUCAGCUGGCAGUUUUCAUCCACAACCAAGAGAGGCCUUACCAUCGAGCAGCUCACCACACUUGCUGAGAAACUUCUGGGUCCUUGUGUAAACUACUCUGGAUGCCAGAUAACAUGGGCCAAGUUCUGCAAAGAGAACAUGGCAGGAAAGGGUUUCUCAUUCUGGGUGUGGCUAGACAACAUCAUCGACCUAGUCAAGAAAUAUAUUUUGGCUCUAUGGAAUGAAGGGUAUAUUAUGGGCUUCAUCAGUAAAGAAAGAGAGAGGGCAAUCCUGAGCCCAAAGCCUCCUGGGACAUUCCUGCUGCGCUUCAGUGAAAGCAGCAAAGAGGGAGGCAUUACCUUCACCUGGGUUGAGAAGGACAUCAAUGGCAAGACCCAGAUCCAGUCGGUGGAACCGUACACUAAGCAGCAGCUCAACAGCAUGUCUUUCGCCGAGAUCAUCAUGGGCUACAAGAUCAUGGAUGCCACCAACAUCCUCGUCUCGCCGCUGGUCUACCUCUACCCUGAGAUCCCCAAAGAGGAGGCGUUUGGCAAGUACUGCCGCCCCGAGGCCCAGCCUGACACCGAAUUCCCUGAUCCUGGAUGUGUAAUUCAGCCUUACCUGAAGACCAAGUUCAUCUGUGUCACCCCGUGUCCUUCCGUCUUCAUGGACUUCCCGGACAGUGAGCUGCUUGGGAACGGCUUCCCUGGGACGAACUCUGGCAACACAAGUGAUUUGUUCCCUAUGUCCCCUCGUACACUCGACUCUCUCAUGCACAAUGAAGCCGCCGAGGCCAACCCAGGACCUCUUGAAUCUCUCACUCUGGACAUGGAGUUGAGCUCUGAUCAUCCCUCACCAAUGAGAGAAGGGUUUGCAGCCGCGACCGUCUCGGAUAUGGACACCUGCAGAAAUGCUUAGUUUUCCAACAUUUUAGGGUUUUUUAUUUUAUAAUUUUUUAUAAUUUUUUUUUAUCUGGUAAUUAUGUACAUAAUGCUUAGGUGCUACAGCUGCAUUUUCUCUCCGAGCCAUUCUUUAGUUUCUUCUCAGUUUUUACAGUCAUAGCCAAAAGUGUACGAACACGCUAAAACUUGUAACUUUUCAUCCUUGUAUCAAUACAUUACGCAGUUGAUUUCAUUCAGUGGUUAAGAUGUAUUUUUUGGCUUUUUUCACGGGAAUGUGGACCUUCAAGCCAUUAACAUUUGACUUUUUUUUAACUUUGUCAAUAAAAGUGUGAAUAUAAAGGCUCUUUAACACGUUUAGUUGCAGACAUUUUUAGUAAUAGGAAUAGCCUUGGACUUACAGUGGUCUUACAGUCUGGUCACUGGUGUUAACAAACUGUCUGCAUAGCAUAGGGCCAGUGAAUUCUUUGUUGAUCUUUUGAAAUGAGUGUGAAGGGCUGUUAACUUCACAGUAGUAUCAAUGGUCUGGUUUAUUACAGAAGUAUCAUUCAUAGUGAGAUCAUAAGUUGUAAAGUAAGUUUGUGCAUGCAGGUCUAUAAUGUCCCUUUUAGCUUCUAGUUUACGUGAAUAUACUGCAUUUUAAAGUUGAUGAAAAAUAUUUUACGCUUUUACUGGAUGUCUUUGGGAGGUGAAUUGAAGAACAUAAAUAUAUAUGGUUAUAGAUUACACAUAAAGAUGAGCAUAUGUGAUAUUUCCACCAUAUUAUAGUGUGCCCAAUAUGAUGUUUGACUUGGAUAGCAAGAAAAAUCUUGCUUAUUGUAACAUAAUUAGAUGGUAAAUUUAUAUAUAUACAAAAAUGCACACAUAUUUAUAAUUUCAUUCUGUAAUUCACUGAUCUGUUGUGUUGUCAUGUAAGGUAGUGCUUCUGAUUGAAAAUGAUGUUUCUUCAUAACUACUUUUUAAACGUCUGUCAGUUUAAGAUUGUUUCCUAUUCUGUGUAUCUGUCCUUCCACUCUCACUUUAUAGUGUGUAUACUAUUAUAUAUACACUGCACUAUGUAUAUUCUCUUUAUUGUACAAUGAAUUCUUGAUGAGAAACAGUUA